UGGAUGCCUGGUGUAGGCGCGCGCAUCUGUGAGAUGCACUUCGUGACAAGGAUGCGAAGCGAUGAUCCGUCGCAUGUGGAUUACGUGCCAUCAGUGUUCCGACACGAUAGAGAGUCCGAGACCCGGGCUGAACGAAAAGCUAAGCGUUAUGAACGCCACAUGCGCAUAAUGCAUAAGCGAGAAGCUGCAGCUGCUCAGCAGCAUCCCAGGCUCGAUGGGGAAGCCGAAGUAGGGAUUCUGGGCACUGAUUAUGGCAAUACUGCAUGUACCGACGAUACCAGUAUCGACGAUAACAUGGGCGACAUCGCAUUGACUCAGGCUAAAGCUGUCCAGACAGACGCACUCGCCUUGUGUGCAAGUUGUUCCUGCUUGCAAGAAGAGAACGAGGUUGUCGUUACAGGUGACCAUCUCUGUGUGGAUCAAGAAUGCAGGUAAGCAAAUAAGCAGGCAAGUUACAGGUAAGAUCUUGCAAGUAAAUGAUUAGCAGUGAAAUGAUUUGGCUGUACACUGUUUUACUAUGACUUAAAACCCACUAACUAGUCGUGGGAGCACAAUGUCGGUGAAGAAAGCUCUCACACUGCUUUCAUGGCACAUCAUAAACUCUUGGUCGCGCUCAACCUCCACAAGGUGUCCACCACGUUCCACAAAAAGGAAAAAGUAGCAACGCUUGCUGUCCACAAGGUUCAAGUGCAGUUGGGCUUGUACCUGGUAGUAGUAUCUGUGACUUUGCUUUAGGGUUCCAUCCCUUGUUAGGCAAAAAUCCUUUUGGUUCUGUCCAUUUUCAGCGAGUGUUGUUGGGUCAGCGUCUCUCAUUGUGUAUAGGCACUUUACUUCAACCAGUGCUGGUUCGUGGCAGUCGCAGUAGUAUACUCCGUCUGGGCUGCAUCCCAAAUAAGGGUACCUCGGGCUGAUCAUGAGCCCACAAUCUUCUAUCCUUCCGUUGGCAUGAUGCUGUGACAACAGAGCAAAUAGGGAGUCUUUUGCCCUUGCUUCGUU